AGCAAACACAAGUGUGGCAAUGCGCUCAUAUUAUGCAGAAGCAGUUAAGUGAUAAUAUAUCAACAAGAUAUAUAUAUAAAUAUAUAAUUUAUUAAAACUAGAAAGUUUAGUCGUUCUUCGAACCUGAUCCCAUAAGCGGACAUUUUUCGCAUAUGGAACCGAAUUUUCAUAUAUUUUAAAUUUUAAAAAAAUCAAUAACCUAAAAGAAACAUAAUAUAAGUCAUCAGUUGAUUAAUUAAAGUAUUAAUUAAUUAAUUAAUUAAUAAUGAGAGUAUUAAAAUUAAUAAAUCGCGUAAAUUGCAACCGGGAGUUUCACUCGACAACCAGCUGGCGGGACGCGGCUGUGAUCAGCGGGAAGGCGAUAGCUAAGGAGAUAAAAGACGAAUUGAAGAAAUCUGUUGACAGUUGGGUGUCGAGUGGGAAAAGAAGACCGAGAUUGGUGGCUAUUCUUGUGGGCAGUGACCCGGCGAGUGAAGUUUAUGUCAACCGGAAGGUCAAGGCUGCGAGCUCGGUUGGAAUUGACGCAGAAACUAUCAGAAUGAAGGGAGAUGUCGGCCAGGGGAAUUUGAUAAGGAAGAUAAGGGACUUGAAUGCUGAUCCGAGGGUCGAUGGUGUGUUGGUACAGCUGCCGUUGCCUGGAGGGUUUGAUGAAAAGGAGGCAUGUCAUACGGUUCUGCCCAACAAAGAUGUUGACGGUUUCCACUCGGAAAAUUUGGGAAAACUCAGUACUGAUAGCGAGGGUUUCGUUCCGGCGACUGCUUUGGCUGUGAGGGAACUGAUCCUCAGGUCGGGGAUCAAAACCAUUGGGAAGAAUGCGGUGGUCAUUGGGAGGUCCAAGCAUGUUGGUUUGCCAACGGCUUUGUUGUUACACGCUAAUGGCAAAGGUGAUACCAGAGCAUUAGACAUGACAACCACAAUCUGUCACAUCCACACACCGAGAGAAGAAUUGAUAAAAUUAUCAAAACUCGCCGACGUCUUGGUGUCAGCAACUGGAGUCCCCGGGUUGGUUACUAAAGAGAUGAUAAAACCCGGCGCGUGUGUAAUCGACGUCGGAAUAACCCGCGUCGACACUCCUGACGGAAAGACCAAAAUCGUCGGAGACGUCGAUUACGAAGAAGUUAAAAAAAUAGCUGGGUUCAUCACUCCCGUUCCUGGAGGCGUUGGCCCCAUGACUGUCGCCAUGCUCAUGAAAAAUACUUUCUGGGCAGCUGAGAAAAAUUUUCUCGCUAAUAAAUAAUUUUUGUAUUAAAAAUUUCGUAAUAAAAAUCUUAUAAAAUUAAAAUUUUUUUUUCUUUUAUCUUAUAAGU